GCGCCUCUCUCCAAGACUUGAAGGACCUGCAGCAGACAGAGAGACAACGAGGGCACUCAGUUCAGUUCUUCCGCGUGUUUUGGAAAGAAAACCUUUGGCCUUAGUGACGUGUCUCUCAACCACGUGCGAAUGAUAUCAAGUCGGGGUAGCAGAAGGCUCUUGCGAUGCCCCACCAACAACCCCCUGACUGUACGAUUUGUACCAGAAGAAUCUGAAGACAAAACCAUUUCUGAUAACGAUGUCCUUCAGAUGCUCUUGAAGACAUUUAAAGCUCUAUUUGUAAAUGACUUGGCUAGGCAAAUGCCUCUUCUAAGUUUACUCCCAGAGGUCCAGUCUAAAUAUCCAGAAGUACAGCUUGUCUGCCCUGAAACAUCCACAGCAAAUGCAGAAGAUGUUCUGCUUAACACACUAGGAUUCAGCAUUGCUCGAAGCCAGAGUUCCCUCGUUUCUGCUGGUUCAGGCGUCUUCGUGACCAGAGGGUUUGUCCCGAAAAGGACCAUUGUAGCUAUGUAUCCUGGCACAGUGUAUGAAAACUAUGAGCCCAUCUUUUUCCAGUCUAUUGGCAAUCCAUUUAUAUUUAGAUGCAUAGAUGGAGUCCUUAUUGAUGGUAAUGACAAAGGCAUAUCAAAAGCUGUGUACCGAUCAUGCAGCAAGAGAGAUCAACUUGGCCCUUUAAAAAUGAAUGAUAUCUCUUGGCUUGCAGUGGCUGUACGGAAUCCACUGGCAGUGGGGCAGUAUGUCAACAACUGCUCGGCAGACAAAGCCGCCAAUGUAUGCUACCAGGAAUUUGAUAUACCUGAAUGUUUUCCUAUAGAAUUCAGACAGUAUCUUCCCAACAUAAACUACAGCCAUGAAGUACAGAGGCCAUUGAGAGUUGUAGUUUUGGUUGCUCUCAGAGAUAUUGGUCCGGGAGAAGAGCUUUUUUCUAACUACUACACAAUCAUCAGCUGAGCCCAAAGAACCAGCAAUGGAGCAGCUUAGGACUCCUAAGUUCUUGCAUUGAAUGUCUGGUUGGUAUUCUGAUGCCCCUCUAGCCACUGGAAGCAAGCAAUGUAAUUUAGAGUAGUGGUCCCCAUCUUGGGGUACGCAUCAGAGGUAUGUGAGCUUAGUGAACAAUUACCAAUAUAUGGCCUGUACUGGGCUCAGUUUGGAAAACUAUAUUUGUUGCAAAAUGUGAUGGUUACAAUUCUGACACAAACACCCACCAUUCUUACUCCAACAGCAUGGUUUCACAUUUGUUUCCGGACUCAAUUGAAAGAGCUGGUUUUGAUCUUGAAAACUCAGGCCCAAAAUACCUGACAUUCUGUGCCAAGAUGUUGAAAUUGUCCAGUGGCUUUUAAGUAAGCACAAUAAAAACACUUUUAGAGCUACGGUCCUCCAGUUAUAGAAUUCCCUAUCUGUUCAAGUAUGGCUAAGUUUGCAAUAAAAUCUGUCUUCAUGAAGGCCCGCAGCAUUUGAUUAUAGCAAAGAAUUAAUUGGGGGGGGGGGGGUAUUUCAGCUUAUUUAUAUGGAUUAUAUACUGCUGCUAAUAAGAACAAAAUGUUUUUAUUCUGUUUCAGACAUUGCUGUUGGAUUACGUUGCUUUUUAUUUUUAAUCUGGCGUUUGAAAAACCUUUUUCAUGUUAAAUGCAUCUAAAAGGUAGUUUUUUUUAAACUGUGAUGUUAGUUUUUUAUAUAUUUUCUGUAAGCAUCUUUGAAUACUUUUUUUGUAGAAAGGAGAGAUAUAAAUUCUCUAAAUAAAUACUCCCUGAAAUAUUCUUUUAUCGUCAUAAUGGCCUGUUCCUCUUGAGUGACAGUAGUGCAGUCCUAUGCAGUGUAAUCCCGUUGAAAUGAAUGGUUUUAGACUGGAGUAACUCUCCUCAGGACUAUAUUGUAUUUUUUCCAGUGACACAUAGCACCAACCAUGACCUUUAUCCCCAUGAAGUUUGUUUGAAUGCCCAUUAUAUAAUGAAUUUACAAGGCUCCCUGAAAUGCAAUAGUAGUGGACAUAUUCACCAGCUAUAUUGCAAAAAUCAGGCAAAAACACAGUGAUGGAAAUCCAGAAGAUCUACAUUUGUACAACAUACAUACCAAAAUAGCAGUCUCUAUUUAUGCACAAGCCAUUAUAAAAAUUGAUACAUAUUUAAGACUUGGCUGUGAGGAAUUUAUUUUUUUUAAUUAGGCAGGUUGUGAUUUUGUUUCCUUGUAAGAGAAGGUGUUGUAACAGCAAAAUAAACUGUGUUUAGCUCAGCCAUUAUUAAAACAUUUUCAAGCUUGGCUCUUUCAGCUAAGUAUAGGUCAAGUUUAGAUCAAAGAAGGAUUUGUAUUUUGUUUCACUUCCUGCAGCUUAGUCAGUGAUGACAGUAAAGUCUAUUGGUGCAAGCUAUAUACUAGGAAAGAACAGGAUCCUAGUAGGGUUAGGACAGGUGACCUUGACAGGUUACUGAAAACUGUUUUGAGAUGGAUAGGCCUGCUGAAUACUCUAGCCCUGAUUUCAAAGUUGCAACUAACUAGUGAUCAAAUUGUGAAUGCUUCCCACUAUGGUCCUGUUUAUGCAAAGGAAGAACUGCCUAGUAAUGUGAUACUACUGCAAAAUUGGGCAAAGUAGUUAACUACAGAAUUAUUAUACACCAGAAACAGAGAGGAGAGGAUUAUGGUAUCAAGAGGCAGUACUGAAGAUAUAUAGCUGGAGACCACUCAGUUGCAGUGGUCACAGAGGGAAUAUAACCAAUAGACAUCAAAACAAGACAGUGUACUACCUAUUUGUAGGAAAUACUCCUUCAGAUAGUAUAAAGCACAUUGGUUGCCCUAAAACGCUUGUUACCAUAUACCUCCCAUGACUUACUCUCACCACUCCCUUCCAGAUACACUCAAAUUCCACUCUUCAAAUAAAUAGACUUGAAGUUGUUAAAAAACCUCUCUUUCAAAGCUGUGUGUGUCCGUCCAAAAAUACUGAACUGAAAUAAUAUAGCAGAGGCAUUAAAACUUUC